AUGCCGAAACCCAUCCCCCAGCCCGUCGCCCCUUUCGUUAAUCCGGAUGUCGAAGAAGAACGUAACGUCCACGAAGUAUACGAAGCCAUCGCCCCUCACUUUUCCCAAACUCGUUUCAAACCCUGGCCGCUGAUUUCCGCCUUCCUCUCAUCCCUUCCAAAGAACGCGCUCGGCUUGGAUACUGGUGGAGGCAAUGGGAAAUACUUGCCGGUAGCGCAUAGUAACGGGCUGGAGAUGAUUGAAACGGAUAGGAGCUCGGGAUUGCUCAAGUGCGCUAGGGGCAUGGGAUGGGGGUCAUCUCCGGACUCCACUCCUGUCAACGGGACCGACAGUCAAAAACAGGAUACUGGCUCAGAUGGAGAAGACAAAGAGGGUGGCCAGAAGAAGGAGAAUUUGGCGGAAUGUGUAAGAGGAGAUCUGUGUGGCGAUAUUUGGAGGCAGGGGACGUUCGACUUUGCCAUAUCUAUCGCUGCGAUCCACCAUCUCUCGACCAACGAGCGCCGGCGGCAUGCUGUCAAGACUAUCAUGAAACCACUCAAACUCAACAAGAAGGGGCCAUACUCUCGUUUCAUGAUCUACGUCUGGGCAUACGAACAAGGCGAGGCCUCCAAGCGCAAGAUGGGAUCCGCCGCCGGCUCUUCAUUACCCCUCGACUCUGCUUCAAAUUCCGAACCUACAGAGGCGGUAGAAGGGGCGAAGGAGAGGGUGCAGGAUGUUCUUGUUCCCUGGGUAUUGGCGCCAAAGAAAGGAGAGACGAGUAAGAAGGUGAAAAAGCCGAGAGUCAGGGCUGGGCGAGAGGGGAAGCAGGGCAACAAGGGCGCCUUAGCUGGGCAAGAAGUUGCUACUUCUCAGCCCCCCUCAGAGUCAACUACUUCCCCUUCAGAAACCACCGACAAACCAUCUCAAACCUCUACCAUACCCGAAACCCCAACCUCCCCCACCCCCGCCCCAGAACCCCAAGUCUUCCACCGCUACUACCACCUCUUCGUCCAAGGCGAGCUUCAAACCCUCGUAGAGUCUGCCGCCAGAGAAGAAGGUUACGAGAUUGUGCCCUCGGUACCGUAUUUGACGACGGAAGGGAUGGAAGCUGCGCAAGUUGGGUUGGAGGGGCUUGCUAUCGAUGGAGAUGCGGGAGAGAAAGAGGAGAGGAAGGAGGGGAAGAAGUGGAUGAAGGUGAGAGGGGUGGGAUGGGAGAUGGAUAAUUGGUGGUUGGAGGGAGAAGUUGGGGUAUGGUGA